AUGUUUGCAAAUAAUAAAAAACCAUCAAGCAAAACAAAUAAUUCUUCCACAAAAAGUCCCAUAAUUUCUCAUAUACCACCAAGUAAUAAUUUAGAGAAAAUUACGUCGAGUUUUGAGAACAUCGUUCAACCUUCACCUUAUGAUACAAAGCCACAACUUACAACGACAAAGAAAAUACCACCACCGUUAUCGUCAACAACACCAACUUCGUCAACAGCUGAGCCAGAUCCAACGACAAAGAUUACAAGGACGACCACAACGACUACGGUAACCACCGUCACCACGACAACCAUAUCGGCUAAAAACUCACCGGGGCAAGGCCCACUUUAUCUGGACUUUGGAGACUUUAGUCUUUCCCCAAUUGAACCUGAUAAACUUGGUAGUAACGGUGACGAUGCUACCAAUAAAAAUUUAUCUCAACCAGCAUCUCAAAAAACCACUGGUCCCGCUUUAGUAUCACUCGAUAAUAAUAUAAGCGUUAAUGAUCCUUCAUCUAUUACAAUAGUUUCAUCAAAAACUUCCACCGAUCCCGUAAAAAUAAAAGAAGAAUUUGAACAAAUUUCACCCACUUCAUCUUCUUCAUCUAAUACAUUAUCGUCCGAUUCACCGCGUCCUUUUCCUUCGGCGAGACCCACGCUAAAAGGUUAUCAAAAGGUCCCUCACCUUGACAAUUCUGACCCUCGAAGGCAACCUCAUCAUUAUCUUAAACGUAUUGAAUCGGCUCCUGUUAUUCCUAAUUUGUCAAUUAAUAAUAAUGAAAUGUAUGAUAGUUUUCUUCUAUCCACAAAGUCCAUGUCUAAUUUAAAUAAAAUGGAUCCAAAAAGCACAACACCAUUGGAAAAUAAGUCGAGUACCGAGACCCCAAAGCAAUAUCUUGAAAGGAUGCAAUAUACUUUAUCAAAAUCAAAGCUUGCUACCAUGCUAGCGAAAAAAUCAGAUUCCUUCCAUCAGGCCGUUCUAAAGGAAUACAUGAACGCUUUCGACUUUGAUAAAGACCCUAUUGAUAUUGCAUUACGAAAAUUUUUGAUGGAAUGUCAUCUUCCAAAGGAAACGCAACAAAUUGAUCGUGUCAUGGAAUCUUUCGCAAAGAAAUAUUUUGAUUCUAAUCCCGACUUGUUUUCUUCUCCGGGUAUGUAA